AUGUCUACAGAAACAUACGACAAAGCAUCCCUCGACGACCCAGAGAAGCGCGCCAGCAGCAGCAGCAGUAACCUCGAGUCGGACGACAAGCUGGAAGCCAGCCCACGCAACGUGCACGGUGCUCUCUGGGUGGCUGUCGUGCUGGCCAUCUACAGCUCGACCUUUCUAUUUGCCCUCGAUAACACCAUCGUCGCCAACAUCCAGCCGGCCAUCAUCCACUCGCUCAACGGCGUGGACAAGCUCGCCUGGUCCGGCGUCGCCUUCGUCAUGGCCUCCAGCGCCACAGUCCUCACCUGGCUGCAAAUCUUUAACUACUUUAAUAUUAAAUGGAUGUACAUCUUCUCCAUCGCCAUCUUUAUGGCUGGCUCGGCUGUUUGCGGUGCCGCCAACUCCAUGAACAUGCUGAUCGGAGGGCGCGUCGUCUGCGGCAUCGGCGGCGUCGGGCAGUAUGUCGGCGUCAUGAAUUUUAUUCCACGGCUAACCUCGAUGCGCGAGCGGCCCAUGUAUAUCAGUGCCAUGGGCCUGACCUGGGGCGCGGGCACUGUCUUGGGCCCCAUAAUUGGCGGCGCCUUCACCGACAGCGCCGCUGGUUGGCGUUGGUCUUUCUACAUCAACCUGUGUGUUGGAGGGCUCUUCACCCCCGUGUACAUAUUCCUGCUCCCAUCGCUGCACCCACAGACCAACAAGACUCCCACCCUCGAGCGCAUCAAGAAGCUGGAUCUCGUAGGUUCUUCCAUCCUCAUGGGGGCCUUUGCCGCCGGCGUCAUCGGUGUCAACUUCGCCGGCGCUAUGUACCCGUGGAGCGCCCCGGGCAUCAUCGUGGCGCUGGUGCUGGGCGGCGUGCUAUUUAUCCUGUUCGGCAUCCAGCAGACCUACUGUAUCUUCACAACGGAGUCGACGCGGUUGUUCCCCGUCGAGCUGGUCGAGUGGCGCCGGCCGCUCAUGAACCUGCUGUUCAUCUGCGGCUCCUGCGCCGGUGUCUGCGUCACGGUGCCCACCUACAUCAUCCCGUUGUACUUCCAGUUCACGGCCUCAGACGAGUCGCUGCAGUCAGGCGUGCGUCUGCUGCCGUUUGUCUGCCUGCUUGUUUUCAGCUGCGUUAUUGGUGGCUUCUUGACCUCCCGCAUCGGAUACUAUAUCCCGUGGUACAUCAUGGGUGGCGCGCUUUGUCUGGUGGGCUCCGCGCUGAUGUACGCGGUGAAGGCAACGACGAGCGCGGGCACCAUCUAUGGCUUCAGCGCGCUGAUCGGGUUGGGGUCGGGCAUGUAUCUCCAGCUGGGACACGCUGUGGCACAGGCCAAGGUCGCGGCCGAGAAGGUGCCGGCGGCGGUGGUGUUCACGACGACGGCGCAAUUAAACGGGCUGACCUUUGCCCUGGUGAUUGCGCAGUGUGUUUUUGUCAACGAGGCGGCAAAGAGAAUUGGCUGGGAACUGCCCCACGAGGCGCGGUCCACUAUCAUCGACGCCAUCUCGGGAACAGGCUCGACUUUUGUGCAGGACCUGGAGUCGGGCACGAAGGUGCGCGUCCUGGCGGCCAUCGUGACAGCCAUCGACCAGACCUAUAUCCUCUCGAUUGUGGCGGGGGCCGUUACGUUGCUGGCGACGUUUGGCAUGAAGUGGGAGAGGCUGUUCAUCCAGGCGGCUGCUGCUGCUUGA